CCAGCACUGUGCGCACCGUGGGCCCCGGGCUCUGUGUCUCCCUGCAGCUCUGCCAGGUCGUAUUGGAAGGCAAGUGGUUAUUGUCAAAGAAGGACCUUUAACUGGAGUCGGAGAUCAACUGACCAUCAUGAGCCCAGUAGUGAAGGGAAAGGGAAUGUUGCUCCACAAGAAAGAUAAAUUUGGAUUUUUCCGUGGAAAAGAUGGGAAAGAUGGGAAAGAGAAGAAAAGGGGACGAGGGAGACCGUGUGGGAGCACAAAUAAAAAUAAAAUGGUCCAGGUCGGAGCUGUGUCAUUUAAAAUGGAACGUGAGAAGCACGGGUCAAUGAAUGGGAUCAGCUGCCAGUCUGCUUCCACCGAAAUCAUGAUUGGUCUUAAGAGGGGAAGAGGAAGACCUCGGAAAAUAGAGACAAAACCAGAGGUCCCAAAAAGGCCACGGGGCAGACCCAAGAAAAUACGGAAGGUUGAUGAAGAUGUUGAAGAGCCUGUCCCAGAAUACACUGAUAUCAGUCCUGAGAUGCUGAAGUCUGAAUAUGGCCAUCAGAAUGAAGUUGAUCCUUUUCAACCAAAAUUGCAUCGACAAAAUGUGCAUCCAGGCGAACUUGAAGCUAGCACACUAAAUGCAGGACCCAUGCAGAUCACGCACGAAAUCCACCCACCAGGAGUCUCUCAUGAGAGAGGCUGGGCGAGGGAGGCAUUGGUAGAAAAUGAGCUCCUCCCACCAGACAGAGAAACGCAUGGGUCGCAAUAUCCAGGCUGGGAAGCACAACCCGACCCGUCACAUGUGAGCUGGGUUCCUGGAGGGGUCAUUGACUCAGACAACAAUACAGUGACACAUUGGAUUGUUGAAGAAUCCCAAACCCCCCGUACUCCUGUUUAUACAGAAGGAACCUCCUUAGACCAGAGUGAGUAUCGAGAGGACCUUCUCCGUGGUCUAGCAGAUUUCAGGUACCAGCUGACAAGGGAACUAGCAGCAGCAAGAGGGGAGAUGCGGGAAGGGGCUGAGCUUGUGAGGUCAGCCAUUGAUGGUGUGUCUGCUGAGAUCAGACGGCUUGGGCUCCUUUUACAGCCUCUUAUCACAGUCCUGACAUCUGGAAAUAUACUGCAACCCCAGCAGAACUCAACCCCUCUUAACACUCUACUUCGUCAUCAACAAGACACACCCCCUGAUGACCCUCCAAAUGUGUCCCAGCAUAUCCCACAUUUUACCAACCCCAAUGGUCUAUCUCAACAGGGUUCAUUCCCUGUUGAGACCAUGUUUCACACACAGAGUGAUACAUCCUCCCAAAACAUGCCAGGUCUCCAUCAGCGCACUGCCAACCCUACCAGAUCAAUACCACAGCAGGACUUGCCAUGUUCUCAAACUCAGAACAAUUUGAAGGAAUUACCCCCUGUGUUGGAUUGCUCACCACCCAUUAACAAACUGGCUAAAGACACAUCCCAUGGCAACACACUGAAUCUUCCUAAGCAGAUGCCAACCGCAUCACCAAGCCCACCAAAGCAUGACCUUUCACUUUCUCAGUCUCCAGACCAUGAUCCAGAAGCCAAAAACCCAGUUUUGGAUUGUCCAUCAAUUGACAACAAUCUUUGCUUGACUCAGGAUACAGCUCCUGCAUUAUUGGUUGUUCCAACUGCAAUGACUUCUGUUUUUGAAUGUCCAACAACUGUAUCACGACCUUCAUCAAUCAGCUCUCCUGUGCUAGCAGAGGACACAGAAACUUAUUUCCCUGAAAUCCCUACAGUAGAAAACUUCAACAUGUUGUCACAGUCCUCUGAAAUUAUGUCCGAUAACUCAGUGCUUUCACAGUCUGCAGCCACGUUGUCACAAGACAGUAUACAAAUUUCACAAGUCUCUACCAUGAUGUCAGAGGACUCUGCUGUUACGUUGCAACCUCCACCCACAUCACCGCGUGCAGGUACAGCGCCAGUGCAGACUGAGAGAGAUGUGGCGCUGAUGAUAUUGCAAGACUCUGAGUCCCCAGUGUCAUUGACUGAAUUUCCGACUGUAAAGUCAUCAGACGCUGGAUACCUUCCCUGUUAGCUCUUAACUAACGUGCGGGAUCUGCUCCUGUUGGAGUGCACAUAGAUGUUUGUUUUUAUAUGUUCUCCCCCUCUUCUGUGUAGGCCAUUGAUGUUGAAAUCGUUUUGAUAAUAUUGUUUUUUUUUUAAAUCCACAUUCCCACUAGAUUCCUCAGAACAAUUGACUGACUACUACUGACUGGAGUCAUCAAAAAUGUAUUCCAAAGCAGUUUUUUGUUUUUCUGUUUUGUUUGUUUGU